ACUUACAGUUCUUACAAAAAAACACAUUACAAAACUCUGAUCAGUCCAGACACGGAGCAAUAGCGGUUUGAUAAGUGGUACACGGUUAAUAUUGAGAGAGAGAGAGAGAAAAAAAUGAUGUUACUGUAACAGAAAAUACAGUCGAAAAAUGUAAUCAUAAACUCACUUCCCAGCAAACAGCACAGCAUAGGCAAGUGUCAGAGGCACCUAGUUCUGCGGACCAGGAUUUUGAAAAAGAACAGAGAUGUCACUUUUCCUCCUGCUGACAUUUCUUCUUUUGGAACUUGACAAUGGAGGCUGUAACAAUGAAGUCACCCCAACAUUCACUCCACACAUUAUAGCAAUCAUGAAAAUGCUAGUUGAUAAUGAAGAGCAUUUAAUUGUGAACUGGAGCGUAAGUGAUGUGGUCUACAAGGCAGAAGUAAACAUAACCUUUCAGAUUCAAGUAUCUCGGACAGAAGACACAAACAUCAUCCACACGAGCAACUAUACUACAGUACUCACUAAAAAUAACACAGUCCUAACUUGGAAUUGGGAGUCCGAGAUUCCCUUGGAAUGCACAUCACACUUCAUAAGAAUCCGAAGUAAUUUGAAUGAUACCCGAUGGAGUGACUGGAGUCCCUGGAAAGCCAACAGUGGAAUUGACACCUCUAAUGCAACAAAAGCAAUUUUGUUUCCCAAAGGCAAGAAAAUAGCAAGAAACGGAUCAGCAGUAUAUUUCUGCUGUGUUGCAGGAAAGGAUGAACGUGUUACCAGGAUGAGUGUUCAUAACAAAAAUUACUUCUUAAUACAAAUCAGCCAGAGGACCCAAGCAAUCAAAGUGGAAUAUGAUCUACCAGUGUCUUACGGAAAUGAUAUCGAUUGCAUUGCAACUAAAACGAAAGCAGAUCCUUCAAUACUUUUUUUUAUCAAUCCACCAGAUGUUCCAAAUAAUUUGACCUGUGAAACAAGGGACAUGAAAGAGGUAGUCUGCACAUGGAGAACAUGGCAGGAAGCAAUGAACAGCAAUCCUGAUACGGAAACAAUUUAUAGCCUACAUGAGGGGUUGCUACAAAAGGUAGGAAAAUGUCAGAAAGAAAGCUGCUCCUUCAAAGUGACGCCUGGUCAGAAUGUAUACAAUAUUACUGUGAAAGCUAAAAACAAAGUGGGAAAAGCAGCAGCACAUCUUAAUAUGGACAUUACUCACAGAGUUUACCCAGUAGACCUAAGUGAGGUGUCAAAGAAUGGUGUAGGGCCAAGAACUGUGAAUCUCUCCUGGUUUUUGAAAGCCAACUACUCAUCGCUUGGAAUUGUUUGUCAGACUAAUAUCACAACAGACAAUGGGAACCAAAAGCUACAGAAUCACUCCUUCGAGGGAGGAUUGGACAAUCACAGUUAUACAGUCACCGUUGAUGGAUUGCACCCCUAUACUAACUACGCUGUUAGUAUUCACUGUGCUUCUGAACAUUUCUGGAAAUGGAACGGCUGGAGUAAAGCAUUUUCUUUCAUAACUGAACAAGAUGCCCCUUCAGUAGGACCAGAUGUCUGGAGACAGAUUAAACAGAGUCCACAGGGACGAAAUGUAACCCUCUACUGGAAGUAUUCCAACAAUUCAGAAACAAAUGGCCCUGUUCUGUUCUACAAUAUCACAAGGACUUCGCAAGGAAGGUCGACUCAAGUGGUACCAGUUGUGGGGGUGAACUGGAAAGAGUUUUCCAUUGAUCACAAUGCUCACACCAUCACAGUCAGAGCAGUUAACUCUGCAGGUGGCUCACCAACAUCUAUUUUAAACAUCCCAGCUGACAUCGGAAUGGCUGAGGAAAAUAUUGAGGCAAAACAAAUUAAUGGGAAUGCUGAGGGAUUCAUUAUUACCUGGCAGCAAGACCUUGAAGUGACCUGUGGCUACACAGUGGAGUGGUGUGAUCAAGUUGGAGCAAAAACGUGUGAUCUGCAGUGGAAAAAAUUCCCUUCACACACAAACUCUGCCUUCAUAACGUCAGCUACCUUCACAGCUGGGAAAAGAUAUACCUUUAAUGUCUAUGUGUGUAAGUCAGAUGGAGACAACUUAUUUGAAAAGAAGGUUGGCUACACACAAGAGUUGGCUCCCUCAGAGAUGCCAAGGGUCACAACGCAAGAGAAUUCCUUCUCUGUGACACUGGAGUGGACAUUCGAUGACCACGAGAUGCUUCCCGGGUUUAUUAAAGGCUAUUAUGUUUAUAUUACAAAGAAAAACAAAGAAGCAGCACAUUCUACUGAGCCAAAUUAUUUUGAAUUCAUGAUUGACAACCCCAGCAAGAAGAAGCUUACCGUGCCAAACCUCCAGCCAAGUACAGACUACAACAUUACGGUUGCUGCUUUCACAGCUGCAGGGAGAGGCCGGGAAACAUUUUUGACUGUGAGAACGCACUCUGACAGUGCAGGUCUACUGUUUAAACUGGGCAUGGUGUUUCUGGUCCCAGUUCUUGUGGCACUGAUUGUGAUAAUGUGUGCUUGGCAAUACAGGAGAAAAUUAAAGAAACUGGGUUUGCUAAUUUGUUCUUCAUCUACAUCAGAAAAUAUCAGAGCCCUUCAGUGGGAUAGCAGCAUCUUUGAGACCAGCAAAACAGUUCAGUCUACAGAGCCAGAGGACUGCACAUACUGCAAAAUUGAGAUUGUGGAAUCCAAGAAAGAAAAAGAAGAAUUAUUACCUACACCUAGCUCCGAAUUUGAGUCUGAAAAUGAGGAGUUCACAGUUUCGCAUACUGCAUGGACUUACUGCUUAAAUAAACCCCCUGCUCCUGGUGAAAAAGAAAACACAGAUUUCAAGGAUCUUAAAGGGUCUGUUGAAUUUGCGAACCUGAGUUACUUUCCAGACCAGAACCUUUUGGGCAGCCAGGAGUCAGAUCCUCAACAUGCAUCUAUACCCACCAAUCUUUCUCCAAUCAAGAUGGCUAUUGCCACACUGGACUAUGUAUCACAUACAAGCUAAAAGAGGUGCUUACGUUACAGACUGAAAAAUGUUAGGGUGGACUAAACCCAGACCAAAAAUACUGCACAGCUGUGACUCUUGCAUUGACACUUUACUGUACUAUACUGAGAAGCAAAUUCUAAAUAACCCUGUUUAUCCCUGCUGUGUUUACCUUCACAUGUGAUCUCCAGUAUUAAUUUAGCUAAAUACAGUGCAUACCCUUGAGUAUGUAAUUUUUAACAAUCUUAGUACCCCUCAUGUUUUAGUUGCGUACACAAUGGCCUAUUAAAAUGUUUUGCAUAGUCCAAUUGGGGGAAACUUGAUCUGGGACGACUCCAAAUUUACCACUUCCUAAAUGUGGCCAAAAUCCAAUCAACAUUUGAAAGAAUGAACCUGGAUACUUCAAUGACUGUACCACCUUAAAUAAUGUGUAAUGUGAAAUAAUGUGAUAUCUUGUAACAAUUGUAAGUCGCCCUGGAUAAGGGUGUCCGCUAAGAAAUCAAUAAUAAUAAUAAUAAUAAUAAUAAAUAAAUAAAUAAAAAGGAAAG